AUGUGGAUACGAGUCAGACCCACAGGUGCUCGCCACAGGGAUCUGAAGCCAGAGAACCUGUUGCUAGAUGAAAAGAACAACAUCAGGAUAGCAGACUUUGGCAUGGCCUCCCUUCAGGUCGGAGACAGUCUGCUGGAAACCAGCUGUGGAUCUCCACACUACGCCUGCCCAGAGGUCAUCAGGGGAGAGAAGUAUGACGGGAGGAAAGCAGACGUCUGGAGCUGUGGGGUCAUUCUAUUUGCCCUGUUGGUGGGUGCCCUGCCGUUUGAUGAUGACAACCUGAGGAAUCUUCUGGAGAAGGUGAAGUUGGGAGUGUUUCACAUGCCACACUUCAUCCCGCCAGACUGUCAGAACCUGCUCCGCGGCAUGAUUGAAGUGGAUGCUACCAAAAGACUAACGUUAGAACAGAUCCAGAAGCACACGUGGUACAU